AUGGGCUCCGAGGAUAGGAAAACCGACGCCUCUUCAGAUAUAUUCACGACUGGCUUCACCGCACAUACGCCUUCCAGCGAUACAUUAUCGAGUAUAAGUCAGUGGGAUGGCUAUUGCUGCACAGUCCCAUGGCCGGAUAGUACAUAUAUGAUACUCGAAAAAGGCUCUAACCGAGCAAUCACUUAUACGAACCAGACCGUCUUCCUCCAAGACUUUAGGGAGGGCCAUAUAUCAACCAAAAGCUGGCAUUGCAUCCAUUUCAACAACUAUUUCGCAUUCUACAAUCCAGUAUCGGGCAGGUACAUUGGCCAUGAUGGCUCUAGCAUUAUAUGUGCGAAGGCUAUAGCAGCUAAUGGGUAUGAAUGUAUCACGGCGAAACAGCAUCCUAACGGAGGAUAUCAAUUGUUGAUGCCGUAUUAUGCACACGCGUUGAAUGUAAUGACCAUAGGAGAAGACGGGAGGAGUCUAGUUAGGAGAGAGCAUGGAACAACAUUAUGGGAAUUUGUGAAAGUGUAG